CAUCAACAAUCACUAGCAGCAGCAGCAGCAGCCAUAACCUAAACAAACACAUUUCCCCUCCUUAUCUCUCUCUCUCUCUGAUGGCCUCCAAGGCACUCUCUUCUUUCAGCGCUAAGCCCGGUGUGUCGCUACUCCCCCAUGGCGUCACCUCCUCUCCGUCUGUGAUGUCUAUCGGCUUCCCCAGACAUAAUACGGGGGGCAGGGGAGUGGUGGUUGCGUCCUCGACGGUAGACACAAACAAUAUGCCGAUGACGGGAGUGGUGUUCCAGCCGUUCGAGGAGGUGAAGAAAGCAGAUCUGGCCAUUCCAAUCACAUCUCAUGCCUCCCUCGCUCGCCAGAGGUAUGCCGACACUAGCGAGGCUGCCAUUAACGAGCAAAUCAAUGUGGAAUACAACGUGUCGUAUGUGUACCAUUCAAUGUACGCCUACUUCGACAGAGACAACGUUGCUCUCAAGGGACUUGCCAAAUUUUUCAAGGAAUCAAGUGAUGAAGAAAGAGAGCACGCAGAGAAGUUUAUGGAGUACCAGAACAAAAGAGGAGGAAGAGUGAAACUCCACCCUAUCGUCUCCCCUGUCUCUGAUUUCGAACAUGCUGAAAAAGGAGAUGCUUUAUAUGCAAUGGAGUUGGCCCUUUCUCUGGAGAAACUUACCAACGAGAAGCUUCUAAACCUUCACAGAGUGGCAUCAGAGAACAAUGAUCCCCAGUUAGCUGAUUUCGUUGAGAGUGAGUUUCUUGGAGAGCAGAUUGAAGCAAUCAAGAAGAUCUCAGACUUCAUCACCCAGCUAAGGAUGGUUGGCAAAGGACACGGAGUGUGGCACUUCGACCAGAUGCUUCUGAACUAGACUGGGACCUCACUUUAUGCUCUGGGGAGAUUAUUAAAAGACAAGAAACCGAAGAAGAUUCUGUAAAAGUUUCUAGAGUGGAAGUUUUAUUAUUUGGAGCAAAAAUAAGAUUGUAGUAGUAAUAGUAGUAAGCUUUUGUGUGUUAAGAUGAUGGUUUUUGUAAUAAUUUCUUGAGUUUAAUCUAUGAAUGUGUUUUUUUUUGUGUUUCA